AUGGCCAAGAGAUUGCUCCUGGGUUUGCACGAGCGUUUCUACCACUGCCCGAUCGGCGAUUUUAAAAAUAUGUUGCUGCGUGCUGGCCUGUCGUCCGACAUCCUUCCGUUGGCUGAAGAAGCUGUUAUGAGCUGCAGCAUCUGUAGGAAGUACGUCCGCAUGCCCAACCGUCCGCAGGUCAAGAUUGGAUCUCACGCUGGAACUUUCAAUCAACGGGUUCAGCUUGACCUCUUCCAGUACCAGGAAGUUUGGAUCCUCCUGCUCGUGGACGAGGCAACGCGGUUCAAGGUGGCCACGGAUGUGGAGAGCCGGGAGCAUGGCCACCUGCUUCCCAAGAUGCUAGAUGUAUGGUUCGUGGUGCUCGGACCUCCUCAUCAACUUGUGCUGGACCAAGAGUCAAGCCUCAUGCUCGGCCGGCAAGCAACAUACCGGAACGGAUUAGUGGAAAGGCACAUUGGAUUGGUGGAAAUCACUAUGCUCAAGUUGGCUGCAGAACUUGACCGCCAGGGGCUUCGUCUGACACCAGGUGAGCUUGCCAAGGAGGCCGCGGUGUCGCACAACCAAAGCCUCAACUAUAACGGGGCCACGCCAUCCAUGGCUGUCUUCGGCAUCCUCCCUCGUCCGUUUUACCAGGACGAUUACAACAACAUCACUGCCGUGGCUGGUGCUCUCCAAACGGACAUCACCCCGUUCGAGAAGGCUCUUCGAAUAAGGCAGCUCUCAUUGUCCAUGGUUCAGCGAGCUGUGGCGGAAGAUCGGAUUGCUCGAGCCGGCCGCACCAGGCCACACAAGCUGGACACCAACAUCCCGGUCCCGGGCACAACAACCAUCGACUUCUACCGAGAGAUUCAGGGUGACGUGGGCUGGCGCGGACCUGCAACGCUGCUUCGUUUGGACAAGGACGAAGGCACGGCAAUCCUCACGUACCAAGGACGACCAUACCUG